AUCGACCCAAUUGUUUUCUCAUAACAUCGACAUUAGACAAACAACAUGGCUGACAGAAGGAGAAAUAACGGUCCACCAAGCGGUACCAGACCGCCCGUAUAUGCGUCCUUACUACGAAAUGCAGCAGGCGAAAAAGCAGAGAGACCUCGGCGAGCAAGGAAACCUACAGAGCUACGAAAAAUAUUCUUGAAAACGGGACUUAUUCCAUCGGCAAGCGGAUCCUCAUAUCUCGAAAUCGAACCCGCCAGACGGCCAACUAACACCCGGGAAUCGUUAAUUGCUCCUGCUACAUCAUUAAAAAUCGCAUGCGCAGUGCAUGGCCCAAGACCUCUUCCACGUUCAGCAAAUUAUUCGCCCAAUCUUCUCCUAACAACACAUGUGAAAUAUGCACCGUUCGCACACCGACGACGGAAAGGACAUAUCCGAGACGCCAGUGAGCGUGACCUGGGCGUCCAUCUUGAAACAGCCAUCAGAGGAGCCAUUAUAGCCGAACGCUGGCCCAAAAGUGCUUUGGAUGUGACCAUCACUGUUCUCGAAGCAGAGGAUGAUCGAUGGUGGGGUGAUGCAUCUGGUUCAUCGGAUGCGUCUUGGGGAAUGAUGAAUGUGCUUGCAGGCUGUAUUACGGCGGCAGCAGCAGCAAUUGCUGAUGCGAGGAUCGAUUGCUUGGAUUUGGUGGCUGGUGGUGUAGCUGCGUUGGUUACUGAAGAUGAGGAUGAGACCGAUAGCACAAAUAGUGGUUCUCGUCCUCCAAGGUUAUUACUGGAUCCAGAUCCAGCAGAACAUCAGAACAUCGUCGCCGCUUGUGUUGUGGGAUAUCUUCCUAGUCGGGAUGAGAUUACUGAGAUUUGGUUGAAAGGUGAUACAUCUGAAGUAGCUUCGACAACGCCGGGAAGUAAAAAGGUGCCGGGGCAUGAAGUACUGCUUGAUGGUGCUAUUGAUGCCGCACGUGCAGCACGAUCUGUGCUUGCUGCGGCUGUCAGAGAGUCUGGUGAACGCUUCAUUGCGCAGUCCGCAGGUGUUCCGGAGACUACAAAAGCAGGGACAGAUGUUGCAAUGAAGACAUGAGCUUUCGACUCGAGCUGUUGCAACGAAUUGCCCCUAUACCAGAAGAUGCAUGUCUGCAAGACCUUAUUACA